AUGUCAAAUGCUUCAGACUAUGAACAACCUCCAGAAAACACAGAGCAGACAGAGACAAUCCCUAUUGUGGACUUGGAACCACCUCCUGCCCUUCCUCUUCCUCCUCCUCCUGAGGAUGACUGGGGCCCGAUUCCUGAGAACACCAAUGUGGAUGCUUCUCGUUUUUCAUUCUCUCCACAUGGAAUAAUUCCUGUGAUCCUGGGAAUCUUCAGCCUGCUGCUUUUGAUGUUGUGUGGAUUCUUUGGUUAUCAGUACUUUCAAAGUGUUCAGGAAUCAGAGAACAAGAUGAAGAGCCUUAACCAAUGGAUUGAGUCUUUGCAAAACAAAAAGGAAAACUUCCUUCAGGUUCAAAAAGCUCUUGACCGAAAUAAAGAAAUCCUAGAGUGGCUCCGAAACAAGAAUGAGUAUAUCACUGAGGCUCUACAAGAACUAAAUGCUAAACAAGGAGAUAGGUGUGGACCUUCUGUGAGUCACUGGGUACAAUACAGAGACCACUGCUACCACCAAACCGUGGAAAUGGUUUCUUGGUUAGAGUGUUCUGAUCUUUGUGUCUCUUUGAAUGCUACAUUUUUAAAGACAGAAAGGAGUAGAUUGAUGAGCAUCAUGAAGGUACUUGCAGCAAAUCACACUUGGCUUGGCCUGUCUUAUAAGGAAGAAGACAAUCAGUGGCAGUGGGAGGAUGGUUCCCUUCCUUCUCCUGGCCUGAAUCUACCACAGCCAAGUUUGGAUUUCCAUGGGAAUUGUGUGUAUGCAAAUGUGCACACUGUUGGCACGGAUAACUGCACCAUGUCCUCUUCAUGCAUGUGUGAGAAGCCUGUCGGUGCUAAAAACUCAGAAAACUGCUGA